CCAAUUCGAAACAAUAAACCCAAAUGGGUCUGACCCAAGCUUAACCUAUUGAAUCUUAUCAGUUAUCAUCGUCUUCCUCCUUGCAGUUCUUCGUUCGCGCCUAGCCCCACCACACCCCUCAGUUUUCGGAGGAAGGGUCGAAGCCAAAACUUCAUAGACGGUAGAGGCGGUAGAGAGAUUAACUUCACGGCCGACGGGAGAGAGCAGAGGUUAGUGGUGCUAGAGAGAGAACUCUUCACCAAUUCCUUCUCCUCCUCCUUAUCCCCUCAAGAACUGCUCAAGGCAAGAACUACUCCUCCCCACUCCUCCCCGCAUCCCAAUCGAUCCUCCAUAACUGUUUUCGCUUUUGUGUUUCUGGAAAGUAUGAAUUCGGUUAAGUCGUGGGUUUCUGGUUAUUGCUUGAUAUCAUUGAAAGGUUUGCUCAGGCAAGAUAAUCAUUUUCUGGUUUAGUGUUUUGUGAUUAAUUAGUUGCUGCCUUCGCUGGCAACCUUCCAAAUGCUGAUGAAGCUACCCAUUCGAGCUUGCUGAGAGUUGAUGUAUUUCUUUGAUUCAAACUUUGGAAUUUUUUUUUUCUGGCAGCAAGUGAAUCAGUAUUCAGUAAUGUUCUUUUAUUCAAAUUUGGAAUUUCAAAAUUUUCAGGCCAGUAGCUCAACUGGUUUCUUCAAUUGCUUCUUCCGCUUUACUCUGCUGUCUCACUUCGGGCCUGAGUGUGGAUUCCACCACGCUUGACGUUGAAUUUCCGCUUCUCCUAUUUUGUUGUCUGGGUUGCAACUCUGGUGCAAAUUUCCUGAGUGGAUGACUAUUACAUUAUUGGCAGGAUGUUCUCUCUGGUAGUGUUCUAGCUAAUUUAGGUUGUUGUUUAUGCUAGAAAGUAAUUCCCUCUUUUGGUAUUGGUUUCCAGUCUUUUGCUUUGUUUUGCCUAUAGUUGAGAAUUUGUAUAGGGCACUUCUGAAAUGCGGUAAUUCAAAGUGUCCUAUAUUCUUCCCAUUUGGAAACCCUAAAAAUUCAAUGGAAGGAAGAUUUGGUUGAAUUGUGCUACUGCUAUAGUACAGUUACAAAGGAAAUUAGGAGUGUCCUUUCUUAUUUUGGAUUUAUCCAUUUAGGAGUCUUUUGAUUAAUUGUAGAAUUCCAAUUAGUGCUGCCGUAUCUAAUUGGUGCGGAGUGUUAUGAAGUUUUGUUUAAUGCAUAUAAUCUUGAUCAUAGCCAAAUAAAUCCAUUUGGUCCGACCCAAAACCAACCCAAUCCAGACAUAAUAGAAAAAAAAUUGGGUCAAUACCCAUAUGGGUCAUGGCAAUCAAGUCAAAUUACCCGAUGGGUUGAACCAUUGCUAAUCUCACAUCAUUCUUAAUCUUAAGCUCCAUGCUCUUUUCAAUCUCCUUCUCCAGCUCCUCCCUAAUCUUCAGCUCUUCAUUCAAUGUCACCAUAUUGAAUCAAAUUCCCAGUGCCUUGUAAUGCUACGGAGGAAGACCAUUAGCUCUCUCGAUUACUAACAAUAAGCUUGAUAAUCUAUUUAACUAGCUUGAGUGUCUAUUUAGUUCCCUCUGACUGUUCAAUUCAGCCAGCUUUUUUAUUCUGUUGUUAGUUCUGAAUUAUCUUUUCGGCUUGGGAUUUAAGGAUAUGUAAGAAAUUCAUCGAGCAUAUUGCAUAACCUCUCCCCGUUGUUUGAGUAUGAUCUAACCUUUGGUUCGGCAUAUUGCAUAACCUCUUACUCAAAGUAGCAGCAGUAGCAGACGAUUGCAGAAAGUAGCAGUUUAGCUUAUUUACCUUACUCUGCUAUGAAAUCGAAAUGGAUGGUUUCAAGCAAUUUUCAAGAAGACGCUAGGCGCUAUCUAGGCGAAGAGGCACCGCCCAGCGCCCAGGCCGAUUAGUCGUUGCCUAGGCGAGAUUAAACGUUGAAAAAAAAUAUGAUAGAUAAGCCAUAUUCUAAAAAAACCCAAGUCACCAUACCAUUAUUCAUCCAUUCAUAUACACAUACAACCCUUUUCCACAAUCCCAAACAUCCCAAGUCGCCAACCAUGAGGAGGAGCGGUUGGUCGAAUGGAAAUGGGAAAUAGAAUAGGGUUUGAGAUUUUCACUGAAAGGCUACACUUUCCCUCUUUAUUAGUUGUUUUGGGCGUCGCCCACCAGAGUGAAAACGCGUCUCCGAGUGCCUAGGUGCCUAGAUCAAUCGCCCAGGGCUAGACGGGGCGAUUUCCUCCUGCCCAGCUAUUAAUCGCGCCUAGGCGAGAGAUUAAUCGCGUCUUCUUGAACACUGGUUUCAAGAUAAAAACUUGUGUUUUUCCUUGAUUCAUGCGGACAAUCCUUACUCUGCUACAGUUCUACCACAUGAAUCUAAGGGUUCGGUUAGAUUGGUGUUUUGAUUGAAAUUGAUGUCGUAGGUAGGACUCUGUAUAACUGUUGCUCUUGCUAUGUUAUACCCACUUAGUAAUAUUUUUAGGUGCCAUGAACAGAUUGUCAGUUACACUUCCAUCUUUUGCCAGUCUUAGAAGUAGAAACUAACUCUCACUGUGUUAACAUUUGGAACGAAUUCGGGUGCAAUUGUUUUUAGUUAGAUCACAAUUGGUUGGAGCAAAAUUCCCCUCCUUCAGUGGACUUUGGUUAACUUCUAGAUUAUAAUUCUGUUGACAGUGCAGUAGUAGCAAGAACCUCUGGUACUAGAAGUGGAAUGGUCUACCUGGAAGCCGGAUCACUGCUCUUGUUGACGGUUGAAUCUGCAUUUUUAAAUCAACACAUGAAAUUAGUGUGCUUGAUAGCUUCCCUUCUUGUUUGCUUUCUUAGGUCAAUGAGUUAAGUUAGUGAACAUUCAAGUGGUUCUAAAAGUUGGAGAAACUGAAAAAGUCGUAACUCUGAAUAUUCCACCUAGUUGGAAUUCACCUUAGCAUUGCAUAUUUUAUGAUUGCGGUAGAACUGGUUGACCUUGUCCUUAUCAAUUUGACAAUUUGUGUUGUAAUUAGUGACAUGCAUGGUCCUUCUUCUCGUGCCGGCCUUUACUGUUCUAUUGGCAGUUCAAAUUGUAAAUUGGCUAAUUGAAGCUUUUAUUUCGUUUGCAGGAGCUUUUCACGUUCUUUGAUUGAGAGAAAUCUUGCAAGUGAAGGAAAACCAGAAACUGAAGGUUAGUCUUAUUUUUACUUAUAGUCAGAAUGAACGGAAGGUGAUUGAAGUUUAAGGAUAGAUUCUGUUAACUAUGUUAUAGAAUAGAUUAUGUUCUUCUAUUCAAUUGCUCUUCUCCAUCUUGCAAGUCGUGGAAGGGCUCCCUCUUUUGAUAAUCCAGGCACUUCCAGUACUAAAAGCAAACAAAUGAAGAAACUGCUAGCUCUAGGAUUCGAGGGUUCCGCUAAUAAGAUUGGAGUUGGUGUCGUUGCACUAGAUGGCACGAUCCUGUCAAACCCUCGCCACACCUACAUCACUCCUCCCGGACAUGGCUUUCUCCCCCGAGAAACCGCUCACCACCACCUCCAGCACGUGAUUCCUCUUGUCCAAUCUGCUCUGGAGACCGCCCAAGUGACGCCUGACGAAAUUGAUUGUCUCUGCUAUACCAAGGGCCCUGGGAUGGGUGCACCAUUGCAGGUCUCCGCCGUGGUUGUUCGGGUUCUCUCGCUGCUCUGGAAGAAACCAAUCGUUGCGGUUAACCACUGUGUCGCCCACAUUGAGAUGGGUCGGGUUGUGACCGGGGCGCACGACCCUGUUGUGCUCUAUGUCAGUGGUGGGAACACGCAGGUGAUUGCAUACAGUGAAGGGAAGUAUCGGAUUUUCGGAGAGACGAUUGAUAUUGCUGUGGGGAACUGUUUGGAUCGGUUUGCUAGGGUUUUGCAGCUCUCCAAUGAUCCUGCCCCUGGAUAUAACAUUGAGCAGCUUGCCAAGAAAGGGGAGAAGUUUAUAGACCUUCCCUAUGCUGUGAAAGGGAUGGAUGUUUCCUUUAGUGGGAUAUUAAGCUACAUUGAAUCCACUACUGAGGAGAAGCUAAAAAACAAUGAAUGCACUCCAGCGGAUUUGUGCUACUCUUUGCAGGAAACAGUGUUUGCCAUGCUUGUGGAGAUCACAGAACGUGCAAUGGCUCACUGUGACAAGAAAGACGUUCUUAUUGUUGGUGGUGUGGGUUGUAACGAGCGGUUGCAAGAGAUGAUGAGAACGAUGUGCAGUGAACGGGGAGGGACGCUGUAUGCAACUGAUGAUAGGUAUUGCAUCGACAAUGGAGCAAUGAUUGCGUAUACUGGUCUACUUGCCUUUGCGCAUGGUGGAACAACUCCAAUAGAGGAAUCGACAUUCACCCAGAGGUUCCGGACUGAUGAUGUCGAUGCAAUUUGGAGAGAGAAGGAGACUAUAGAUGGGAAUGGCAGUGGGAGAUAGCACUUAAAUUAAAGCAACAUCCAUGGUAUGCACUUCUAGGCCUUGUCAGAUUCAACGGGAGCGACUGACACUGGUUGUGGAGUUAAAAUUCUAGUCAUAGAUCAAUUGCUUUUGUUCGAGAGAGAACAUGAGGAGAACAGAAGUAUUGUAGGAUUUAUGUAGUUAUGGUGUAUGCCUGAACUUUUUUUUCUGGUCAUUGAAGUGAACAUCUUGUAUGGCGCAAAGGAAUGAUGGUGGUGAAUCCCAAUUGGAUUUCCAGAUUUUAUAUGUAUCGUCUAGUAUUUGGAGGUCAUGUGAAGUCUCUACUGAUGUCCACUUCACUUGAAGUUGUAAUCUGGUUAUCAAAGAUGAAUGUAAUGGGAAUUGGGAAGUGAUAAGUGGAUGCCAAUACCUACUAUUAAGCCUUCUAUUUUGUUGUAAUGCAGUGAUCCAGACAACAAAGCAGAUUCGAAUCC